UGUGUGUGUGUGUGUGAGAGAGAGAGAGAGAGAGAGAGAGAGAGAGAUACGGGUGACUUGAGAAGGUGCUCAGAUCGGUGGUGUUUGGGAUUUUGAUGAAUCAGGAACUGUGUUGGGAACUGAAUUUGGAGCUGAGGACUGAGAAACCGGUGGGAGAUCGGGCGAGCAAAACCAGUGCCAUGCAUUUGUAGGGAGGAAUGAUGAGAGGUCUGUUGGAGUGCAAGCAAAAAUACAGCGCUAGCGAGCUGUGGGUGCCGGUGUACCAAUGUCAAGCCCGUGCUGGACGGUGGAUUGUGUUGGUCACCUCGCCGUGAAGCUUCGCUAACCUGCGUAUUUGCGAGACAAUCAAAUAUAAAUAAAUAUCUUACAGAAUAAACAACCGAGCAGCAGCGAGGACAUCCUGGUAUCUGGACUAGGAUUAGGGAUCAAGUGUUUUCCUGGCAUGGUUUAUAUUGCACCGAAUGGAAUAUUGUUGGAUUAUUUUAGAGAGUAAAACAUUUCGCCAUGGGGGGUUAGUUCUUCUUUGGGUGUCUUUGUAGCCAAAUCGAAUUAGCCUCAAAACUAUUUGCUAGCUGCUAACGAAAAAAAAAUUAGCUAAGCUAGUCGAGUUAGCUCGGUCGUUAGCUUAGCUUUUUCGUUAGGCUUUUGACUGAACUAUAGAACCAAAAACACGUCAUUUUUAAGGAAAGAACAUCGACUUGUCGUUUUAAAUCAGAUAAUAGACAGACGUGGUGUUAUAAUAAAAAAUUUUGUUUUUACCGGUCUGUCGGUGGUUAGCUUGUUUUUUUUUUUUUUUAGCUAGCUAGCUAGGUUUGCUAGCCGGCAUCAGAGUAUAGCUUUUGUGGAGCACAAACAGAGACUCAGCUGGUGUAGGGGUAAGAAGAGAAAGGGAAGGAAAAAUGUCUUGGUGAAUGAAGGGAGAUUUGUGUAAUUUAUACUAACUUUAAAAAUAGUUUUUAUAAUAUUAUUCUGUCUGAGUUAUAUUUAUUAUAACAUUAGCUACUCAGUGUCAGAAUGGCAGUCUAAAGCAAUAUAUGGAGUUUUCAGUGGACCAGUGUGUGCCUUGCAAAAAAAACAUCAAUCAAGGUUCAACAAAAAGAAAGUGUGUGACGUGUUUGGGAUCAACUCGUGUGUACGAGUCGAGUUGAAAUAUUUAGGUUUUCAGAAAUGUUGUUUUCUCCAAAACGUGUUCAGUUGUGCAACUUUGAGUUGUGCUUUAGUUGUAUGCAUUGCAGAUCAAUGUUUAUGUUUUCGUAUCUUCGUGCUUUUGGGAUCUGUUCGAGGAUCAGUCCUGAUUUAGACAUCCUAGAAAGUGGGAACACAUUUCAAAAACAAUGGACUAACUUUCCAUGACCAUGCCUAAAGAUCAGAUCUGACUGGUUUGGAGUGAAUGGAGGUAGUUUUGAUGCACCGUGUGUGUUGUCAUCGUAAACAGGCUUCAAAAAAGAAGUGUGCUUCUAGUUGAGAGACUUUGGGGCGAGUUGCUCCUUGCUGUGUUUUGAUUCCCCUUCAAUCCCCCCUCCCCCAUUUGCCCCGGUGGAAGUGCUCGUCUUUGCUCAUGCACUCAGUUUGCACACUGUUUGUCAGCUGUGUGUACUAAGCUGUCCUGCCUGAGCUGCAACUGACUCCAAAGGCUUCAGCUUUUUCACCCCUCACCACCAGCCAAUGUGAUGGAACUGAUGUUUGCGGAGUGGGAAGACGGAGAGAGGUUCUCCUUUGAGGACUCUGAUCGCUUCGAGGAAGAUUCCCUAUGCUCUUUCAUCUCUGAGGCAGAGAGCCUGUGCCAGAAUUGGAGAGGAUGGAGAAAACAGUCCGCUGGGCCGAACUCACCUACUGUUAAGAUUAAAGAUGGGCAGGUCAUUCCUUUGGUCGAGCUGUCAGCCAAGCAAGUGGCAUUCCAUAUCCCGUUCGAGGUGGUGGAGAAAGUUUAUCCUCCCGUUCCCGAGCAGCUUCAGCUUCGCAUUGCCUACUGGAGCUUUCCUGAAAAUGAGGAAGAUAUCAGGUUGUAUUCCUGCUUGGCCAAUGGGAGCCCUGAUGAGUUCCAGCGUGGAGAGCAGCUCUAUCGGGUGAGAGCUGUGAAAGAUCCCCUGCAGAUAGGUUUCCAUCUCAGUGCCACUGUCCUCUCACCCCAAGCUGGCCAGUCAAAGGGUGCCUACAAUGUGGCAGUCAUGUUUGACCGUUGCCGCAUCACUUCCUGCAGCUGCACCUGUGGAGCUGGGGCCAAAUGGUGUGCUCAUGUGGUGGCACUCUGCCUCUUCAGGAUUCACAAUGCGUCUGCUGUGUGCUUGCGAGCCCCCGUGUCCGAGUCCCUGUCCAGACUGCAGAGGGACCAACUGCAGAAGUUUGCACAGUAUCUCAUUAGUGAGCUUCCACAGCAGAUUUUACCCACGGCCCAGCGUCUCUUAGAUGAACUUCUGUCCUCGCAGUCCACCGCAAUUAAUACAGUAUGUGGAGCCCCAGAUCCUACAGCUGGGCCUUCAGCUUCAGACCAAAGCACCUGGUACCUGGACGAAUCAACUCUCAGUGACAACAUUAAGAAAACACUGCACAAGUUCUGUGGUCCUUCCCCUGUAGUUUUCAGUGAUGUCAACUCCAUGUAUCUCUCCUCCACGGAGCCUCCAGCUGCAGCAGAGUGGGCCUGCUUACUGAGGCCACUGAGAGGCAGGGAGCCAGAGGGCAUCUGGAACCUUCUCUCCAUUGUCAGAGAGAUGUUCAAGAGGAGAGACAGUAAUGCAGCUCCACUUUUGGAAAUCCUCACUGAACAGUGCCUCACCUAUGAACAAAUCAUUGGUUGGUGGUACAGUGUGCGCACAUCUGCAUCUCACAGCAGUGCCAGUGGACAUACGGGCCGCAGUAAUGGGCAGACAGAAGUAGCUGCUCACGCAUGCGCCAGCAUGUGUGAUGAAAUGGUGGUGCUCUGGAGGCUGGCUGUGCUUGACCCCACCAUGUGCCCCCAGAGGCGUUUGGAGCUUGCUGCCCAGCUCAAGCAGUGGCAUCUUAAAGUGAUUGAGAUUGUGAAGCGGGGACAGCACCGAAAGUCUCUGGACAAACUCUUCCAAGGUUUCAAACCUGCUGUUGAGUCUUGUUACUUCAACUGGGAAGUGGCAUACCCUCUGCCUGGCAUUACCUACUGCAGUGCAGACAAAAAGAGUGCUUCCUUUGGCUGGGCACGGACAGCUCAACCACAGAGGGGAGCCAAAGCAGGGACGAGUGGGGAACCUCUGGAGCCUGGAAGGGGUGGACGUGCUGGAGGUUCUGAAUCUGGAGCUCCCGAACACAAAUCACGUGGCAGCUCCCACCCACCCCAGCAGGAAGUGGCUGUGCGGCCCAAAGAGACUAUUGUGAGCAAACGAAAAGCUAUGUCUGGAGUUAACAAUGGAGGGAUGUUGGUGCGCCUAGGUGGAGGUAUGUCUAUAUCCAUAGAGGAAAGCGCGAAGGGUGCCUAUAAAGCUUGUAGCUCUUCCUUGUCGAUGAGCAGCAAAAGCAAGCUAACGCAGAGUAGCAAGACUUCGUGUGGAAGUUCAAGCACGGCUGGGGGAAAGCAUCCAAGUGCUAAACGUCGCACUAGCAGUGAAGACAGCUCUCUAGAGCCUGAUAUGGCUGAGUUGAGCCUGGAUGAUGGCUCUAGCUUGGCAUUGGGAGCAGAGGCGAGCAACACAUUUGACUUUUUGCCUCCACCCCCAGAGAUGCUGCCCUCACCCAGCUCUCUCCUCAGAGAACCUCGCAAGUACAACAGCAGUAGUGGUGGUGGCAACGUCACCAAGGAGCGAACGUUUGAGGGUAAACGAGGCAUACAUGCCGCAAUACCGCUGGCAGCCGAGGCCCCUCACUGUUUCCCCAAAGAAAGCCCAAUAGCUGCCAUGACAGUUGCAGUGGACAAAGAAGUGGAUGUGGAGGCAGAACUUGAGGAAAAUGGAGGAGAUGAAGAUCCAGUAGAUGAUGCUCUGCCAUCUCUAUCAGCUAUGGUCACAGCAAAACCUUCUCGAUGCCAAAGAGAGGGGGAAGGAAGCAACACAACGGGAACGUCUGGACCCCAGGUCCCAGAGGCAGCAGCUGGUGGAGACCCAGUUGGCGAGGAUGAUUACCAGGCCUACUAUCUCAGUGCUGCCUCUGAGGAGGGAGCUGAGAGAGGAGUGCCAGACAGUAACCUUGAGGAAGAACCAGACAUCUUUGCUGGAAUCAAACCUUUGGAGCAGGAAUGUCAAAUGGAGGUGCUGUUUGCCUGUGCAGAGGCACUGUAUGCUCAUGGUUACAGUAAUGAAGCAUGUCGUCUGGCUGUGGAACUGGCGAGAGAUCUUCUGGCUAACCCUCCUGACCUCAAAGUGGAACAGCCGCUGACAAAGGGUAAGAAGAGUAAAGUGUCAACCAGCAGACAGACACAAGUGGCUACCAAAACUCUUUCCAAGGCCGCCUUCCUGCUUACUGUACUGAGUGAGAGACUGGAGUUUCAUAACCUAGCCUUUAGCACCGGCAUGUUCUCACUGGAGCUCCAGAGACCUCCAGCUUCCACCAAGGCUCUGGAGGUGAAGCUUGCAUAUCAGGAAUCAGAGGUGGUAGCUUUGCUGAAGAAGAUUCCUCUGGGUCUUGUCGAGAUGACCGCAAUUAGGGAUAGAGCGGAGCAGUUACGUGACGGAAACUUCUGUGAUUAUCGUCCUGUUCUGCCCCUAAUGCUGGCCAGUUUUAUUUUUGACGUAUUGUGCACUCCAGUCGUCUCUCCUACCGGUUCACGUCCUCCCAGUCGUAACCGUAACAACGAGAUGCCAGGUGAUGAGGAGCUGGGCUUUGAGGCUGCUGUUGCUGCUCUAGGAAUGAAGACCACGGUUAGUGAAGCAGAACACCCUUUGCUGUGUGAGGGCACCAGGAGAGAGAAAGGAGACCUCGCUUUGGCUCUUAUGAUCACCUACAAGGAUGACCAGAGCAAGCUGAAAAAGAUUUUAGACAAGCUUCUUGACCGUGAGAGUCAGACCCAUAAGCCUCAGACUCUCAGCUCAUUCUACUCCAGUAAACCAGCCACGGGUAGCCAGAAGAGCCCAUCUAAACAUGCAACUCAUGGAAGCAGUAGCACAGGAGGCGUGUCCAAACACGCAGCGCCGGUUACGUCAGGUUCCACCUCUGUGCAAGGUGUCUCAGGUGGUGGUGCAGCUGGGCAGCAGGGUGGGCUGACGGGCACUGGAGUUCAAGGCACGGCAUCAGGAGAGGCGGGCGGCGAGAGCCGAGACCAAGCAGAUGGCGCUCAGUCGUCCUCGUGUGAGCAGCAGAACGAGGUGGCUUCUUUUAAGCCUGAGGGCACGGUGCCCAGCCGCCUGGCACUCGGUGGCCGUGGAGCCUAUGGAUCACGCUGCUGGGGCUCCCCUGUACGGCAGAAAAAAAAGCACACGGGCAUGGCGAGCAUCGACAGCAGCGCUCCAGAGACCACCUCUGACAGCUCCCCUACACUCAGUCGCCGUCCCUUGAGAGGUGGAUGGCCAGCGUCUUCUUGGGGAAGAGGUCAAGACAGUGACAGCAUCAGCAGUUCAUCUUCUGAUUCACUAGGCUCCUCAUCUUCCAGUGGGUCGCGCAGAGCGGGGGGAGGAGCCAGAGCCAAGAGCACCGACACCAGCAGGUAUAAGGGUCGUCGCCCUGAAUGCCACGCUCCACAUGUGCCCAACCAGCCAUCAGAGGCAGCAGCUCACUUCUACUUUGAACUGGCCAAAACUGUGCUGGUAAAGGCUGGAGGAAACAGCUCGACCUCCAUCUUUACACAACCCUCUGCCAGUGGAGGCCACCAGGGGCCUCAUCGCAACCUGCACCUGUGUGCCUUCGAGAUCGGCCUGUACGCCUUGGGCCUGCACAACUUUGUGUCUCCCAACUGGUUGUCCAGGACGUACUCAUCUCAUGUGUCCUGGAUCACAGGCCAAGCCAUGGAGAUUGGCAGUGCUGCUCUUAACAUCCUUGUGGAAUGUUGGGACGGUCAUCUCACCCCUCCUGAAGUGGCAUCGCUGGCAGACCGGGCAUCACGAGCCCGAGACCCCAACAUGGUACGAGCUGCAGCUGAACUCGCACUGAGCUGUCUACCUCAUGCUCAUGCUCUAAACCCUAAUGAGAUUCAGAGAGCACUGGUGCAGUGCAAAGAGCAGGAUAAUGUGAUGCUGGAGAAGGCGUGUAUGGCUGUAGAGGAGGCGGCAAAGGGUGGAGGUGUUUACCCUGAGGUUUUGUUUGAAGUGGCACAUCAGUGGUACUGGUUGUAUGAGCAGACAGUGGGUGGAGUCUCUGCAGCACAGAGGGAGGGGCCAAGUCGAUGUGGGGCAAACGGUGGAGUGAAUCGGAGACCUCCGGAAGGGACCUGCAGUGUGUUGGAGAGCUCUGUGGCCAUGGACUCUGCCGGGGUAGCAGCAGUUACUGCGUCGGUCAGUGCAGCUGCCGUCAUGCCCGUCAUAUCGGUGGGGUCUACCAUCUACCAGUCACACACACUGCCGGGCACAGCCAUGGCACACACACCAGGCCUGCAUCCCUACACCACUAUCCAAGCCCAUCUGCCUACUGUUUGCACCCAGCAGUAUCUGGGACAUCAACUGCAACAUGUCCCUCGUCCUGCUGUCUUCCCCGUAACUGCUUCUGCGUAUCCACAGGGAAUGCAUCCUGCCUUUAUUGGUGCGCAGUAUCCUUUCUCUGUAGCCUCUGGGCCACAUCCCCCAAUGGCAGCAACUGCAGUCACCUUCCCUGGAGUCCCCGUACCGUCCAUGACCCAGAUUGCUGUCCACCCCUACCACACCGCUGAGGCGGGGAUACCCCUCACUACUACUGUGGCAGUCGGUGGCGUUCACUCAGGCGCCGCUAUCCAGGCCAUUCAGGGGACAUCUUUACCUGGCCUUUCUUCUCAGCCACCGUCACUGGUCAGUGCACCGUUCCCCAUGGAAGAUGAGCAGCACAGUCAGCCUGUCAGUCAGCAGGGGUUGCACUACCUGCACUCUGCCUACAGAGUCGGUAUGCUAGCCCUGGAGAUGCUGGGUAGGAGAGCUCACAACGACCAUCCUAACAAUUUCUCCCGUAGCCCCCCUUACACCGAGGACGUGAAAUGGCUGCUUGGCCUCGCUGCACGACUCGGUGUGAAUUAUGUGUAUCAGUUCUGUGUGGGGGCUGCCAAAGGUGUGCUCAGUCCAUUCGUGUUGCAGGAGAUCAUUAUGGAGGCCCUGCAGAGGCUGAAUCCUGCACACAUUCACGCUCACCUCCGCACUCCAGCCUUCCACCAGCUUGUGCAGCGCUGCCAGCAAGCGUACCUACAGUACAUCAACUAUCGGCUGAUCCACCUGACCCCGGCAGACUACGACGACUUUGUUAACAUAAUUCGAAGUGCCCGCGGGGCGUUCUGUCUCACCCCGAUGGGCAUGAUGCAGUUCAACGAUGUCCUGCAGACCCUGAAGAGAGGGAAGCAAACUAAGGAGCUGUGGCAGCGGAUCUCUCUGGAGAUGGCAACGUUUUCACCCUGAGAGCUCCACCAGCAGGCACAGACUGACUGAACUGCAGCUCGCCCCAGAGCUUCGCCCAAGCCUAGUGUGAGCCACAGCGCCCCCCGCAAAAGUCCGGAUCCAUCACUGGAGGCACAAUCAUCAGUCCUCCUCUUGGUCCUGUUUUACUCCAGGAUGUGCAUUCUCGUAGGGUUUCUGAGAUGCGAGAAUCACUCAUGAGGAGGAAGAAAAGGAUCCCUCCCUUCUUUUCGAAUUCAUUGUUGUGUCCCAUUUUUUUUUUUGUGUGACGUCGAGUAACUUAUGACUAGUGUUUUAUCUUAAAAUCAUUUUGCUCCUUUCUCUAUGUUGAUGCUCUGUUUCAUUGAGUUUUAGUUGUAUGGUUAUUGAAAUACGAUGAGUGUUUUUGUUUUCUUCAUUAGUUUUGUUGAAGUUUUGAUUCAAAUUUGAACGGGAACUAAACGUCAGACUCAUACUGCAACAUUCCUCUGCUUUUGGAGGAGUGAGCCUCCACCGGGCGUAAAGGAUUACAGCGUUGGAUACUCAGUGUAUGAACGAGGGAAGAACAUCCUUUAUUAAAAGAAGUAAACAGACAUUUAAUAGGAUACAAUUAUCAAGUACGGGUGAGGAUUCUUCUGCGUUUUGUUUAAUUCGUCCUUUUCUUUUCUUUUGAUAUUUUGUAUAGUGUGGUGUGUGCAGAGAAAAGUCUGAGGAAUGAAAGUGACUGCUAUUUGAGUUCCCGUUUCCAGCUGGCUGUUGGUGGCAAGGGCUUGAGGUUUUGGAGCACAGAUGUUUGGCUGGACCAGAUUUUUUUUAAACGUACAUGACUUUUCAGAAUUUACAAGUCCACUGCCAACAGGCUCUCGUCCUUCCACUCAGCAUUAUACUAUAUAGAGGGUUUGUUUUUGAUUUCUGUGCAAGUACAUUCAUCAUCAGAUGUCAGUGUACAUACACAGGCAAAAGCAGUGUUCUCCUUUUAUCUCAGAUCUCAUUAACCCCCUCAUGGUCCCCCCCCAGGUCCCUGUGCUCCAGCCUCAAGUCCAGCACCCCCUUUGGAACUCACUAGUAGGGAAUGAUUGUAGAAAUUGUACUGUGAUAUUUUUGUAUUCUUCAAAGUGUAGCUUGAUUGGGAAGAAGAUAUAUAAAUAUAUAUGAAUAUAUAAACUGUGCUGAUUGCAAAUGGUUGUAAUCUAGACUAAAGGAAAAAAAAAAAGAAAAUGGAACAGACAAAAAGCAAUAUUAAAAAAUUAGAGUUUACUUAAUAAAGAUAACUCAAAACACUAA